AUGUCGAAGGCGUGCACCCUGGAGAACGGCGUGCUGAACCUGGCGGUGCUGCGCGAGGACUCGCGGCGCGAGCUGUUCUCGAUCCUGGACUCGAUCGGCAAGGACAUCUGCUUCGUGCUGGACCCGGAGCUGAACGGGCCGCUGAACCACGUGCUCGUGGACGGCACGGCGGUGCUCAAGGACCACGGCGUGAAGGACUUCCACGCGUUCGGCAAGACGGUCAAGACCAGCUGCGAGUUCGUGCUCUUCCUCGUGCGGCCGUCGGUGCGCGCCAUGCGCUACGUGGCUAAGUACAUCCGCGACCUGGGCGCGAGCGGGUCCUCCUCGUCCAAGAAGCGCUUCCACCUGUACUACGUGAGCCGCCGCACGCUCGUGUGCGACGAGGUGCUCAAGAAGGAGGGCGUCUUCGGCAGCCUCAGCGUGGGCGAGUACAAGCUGGACCUCAUCCCCUUCGACGACGACGUGCUCACGCUCGAGCUGGACGCGUGCUUCAAGGAGUUCUACGUGGACGGGGACAAGACCAACCUGCACACGGUCGCGGCCUCGCUUGUCAAGCUGCAGACCGUCUUCGGCAUGAUCCCGCACGUCAAGUACAAGGGCACCAUGGCCAAGGUCAUCUACCAGAUGAUGGUUCACUUCCGCCGCGAGCAGGAGGUGGCCGGCAACCCCAUCGGCGUGCUGGACCCGGAGAUCGACACGCUCGUGCUCAUUGACCGGAACGUGGACCUCGUGACCCCCAUGUGCUCCCCCAUGACGUACGAGGGACUCCUCGACGAGAUCCUCGGCAUCACCCACGGGUUCAUCACCGUGGACGCCGAGCUCAUCGCCGACGAUGACGGCCCCAACUCGGCCAACAGCAACCGACCCGCCCAAGUGUCCGUGCCGCUCAACUCGAACGACAAACUCUACGCGGAGGUGCGCGACUACCACGUCGAGCGUCUCGGCAUGAACCUGCAGCAGCAGGCGCGCGAGAUCCGCGAGCGCUACGACGAGUUCCGCAAGAACCGGGACGCCUCCAUCAGCGAGAUCCGCGAGUUCGUCAAGCGCAUCCCAGGCCUCAAGCAGAACUACCAGUCGCUGCAGCAGCACAUUAACUUGGCCGAGCUGAUCAAGAAGACGACCGACUCCAAGAGCUUCCGUGACCUUAAGGACGCUGAGAACCUCGUGCUCACGGGGGAUACGAUUUUCGAGCAGCUGGAGGAGCGGAUCGGUUUCCAGGAGCCGCUGCUUGGCGUGCUGCGCCAGUUCUGUCUGCAAUCUGUCGCCGCGGGUGGCAUCAAGACCAAGAACUACACGCACCUGAGUCGCGAGCUUGUGCAGACGUACGGCUUUGAGAUGAUGCUGGCGCUCAGCAACCUUGAGAAGGCAGGACUGCUCAGUCGGCGCGAUACUCUGUGGACGGAGGCCAGCGGUUUUGGACUCGCUCGGAAAGCCUUCCGUCUGCUCAACGAGGAUGUGGAUCCGCGCAAUCCGCGCGACAUCGCCUAUGUCAGUCGCAGUCACGCCGCCGGGUACGCCCCGCUGUCUGUGCGCAUUGUUGAGAGCGCGAUUAAGCCGCGCGGUUGGAGCGCCGUGCAGGAAGGCCUGCGUCAGCUACCUGGACCCUCGGGAGAAGUCACGCAGACUACAAGCAAGAAUUCGAGCGAGGACCCGGCGGCGCCUGCUGCCGCGUCCAAGCUGGACAACUUCGGCAGCGAGGAACGCAAGGUGCUGCUCGUGUACUACCUGGGUGGUGUGACCUUCAUGGAGAUUGCUGCGCUGCGUCAUCUGUCUCGCCAGCCUGACUGCCCCUACGACAUCAUCGUGGCGACAACUAAAAUCGUGAACGGCGACACGCUGCUCAAGUCGUGCUUUGACAAGGAGGUGCUGCGCUUCCUGAAGCUGUAACUCGUGCGCGGCUGACGGAUAGAGGAAGGCAAAAGUAUAACGUUUGCGUGGUUUUAGGUUUUGAAUAUGGUUGCCGCCCGAGGCAUACAUGUAU